AAAAAUUGUGAACAGUUUUCAAGCGUUUAUGUAGUUGGUUGUGCUUGUAAGAGUAUAUUAAACUGGUAAUAGUACCGAACCCGAAUCAAAAUUUUUAAUAUUUUUAUUUUACAUAACUUGAAAACUGUGUGCUACGUAUCAGUCGUUGAUUAGAAUUUUCAGUUAACAGAAUUGAGCCAUCGAGAAUUUUUCAUUGUGAAAAUUUUAGUUAGGUCAUAUCGUAUUGAUUAAUUCAUCUUCUAAAUUCACUGUCCGUCGAACAGUUCUCAUCAUCAUGUUAUUUAUGUGUCAUCAAAUGGCCAUGGACCAAGAGGCUGCACAAAAGCGUAAGAAAGUAGAAAAACGCCAGCAAGUUUAUUUACAGCGAGUUGUUUCCCAAAGUACAGUUCCGAUCAUUUGGGUAUUGGGAGGUCCAGGAAGUGGAAAAGGAACGCAAUGUGCCAAGAUUGUUGAAAAAUAUGGAUUUUCUCACUUUAGCACUGGCGAUUUGUUGAGAGAUGAGGUUGCUUCUGGAUCCGACAAAGGAAAAGAGCUUCAGGAGAUCAUGAAAAAAGGAGAACUCGUCUCAAACGCCCAAGUUCUGUCGCUGUUGGAAACUGCAAUGAAGAAAGUGACAAACAGUAAGGGAUUUCUGAUUGACGGUUAUCCACGUCAAAAAGAUCAAGGAGCCGCUUUCGAAGAGGCCAUUGCACCAGUCGAUUUGAUCUUAUAUUUUGAAUGCAGGGAUGAAACUAUGGUAGCUCGUAUACUUCAUAGAGCAUCGCAAUCAGCCGAAGUUCGUGCCGACGACAACGAGGACACGAUAAAGACACGAAUUGCUACUUUCUCGAAAAACACGAAUGAAAUUUUGGUUCUCUAUCCACAACAAACACGAAGGAUUGAUGCUGAACGAGGUGUUGAUGAUAUUUUCGGCGAUGUUCAGAACUUUAUUGAUGCGACACUAGCAAUCAAGGUGGCCAGUUAAAAAUUUCUUAAAAAAAUCCUUUUCAACUCAAACAAAUUUACUUGCAAUAAUCGGUAACUAAAGCUAUAAUUAUUGUUAAAGUUUAAAUUGAAAAUUUAUUUUUGGUUAUUAAAUGUUUUAAGUAACU